CUACGUCCCCACAACCCCCACCAAUGUCCCUUCCCUCCCUAGCUACUCAAAACCAAGAAACCGAGCCGAUGUUAUAGCUUACGCCUUUGCAGCUAGUUCUACUUCCAAGUGUUUGUGUUUUCUCACCAUGGCAGCUUCUACAUUGCAAUACCAUUUCGCCUUCUUCAUCUUCUUUCUCGUAAUUGCUUCUUUCAGUCCAAGAAUCCAAGCUCAAGUUGAUGAAACAAGCUUGAAGGCAAUGAGAGAUGCACUAGAAUGGCCAAUGUCCAUGUAUUAUGAUGAAAGCAGCGGUCUCAAUGAUGGGUUAGUGGGUUUUGACGAUGGAGUUGUUGACGAUGAAGAAAGUAGUCGUAGAUCUUUGUUUUGGAGGAGAACGCAUUAUUAUAUCUCGUAUGGAGCUUUGUCUGCUAAUAGAAUUCCUUGUCCAGCGAGGUCCGGGCGAUCCUACUACAGCCACAAUUGCUUCGCGUCUAGAGCUCCAGUGAAUCCCUAUUCCAGAGGGUGUUCUAGGAUCGCUCGUUGCAGGAGAUGAGAGGCAGGUUUUAUUGAAUUUGUGCUUGAUUUAGUGCUAAAUGCUAUUUAGUAGAUUGUGGUGAUAUGUAUGUAUGCGUGUUUGUUAAGGUGCGAUUGUUCAUGGGCUUGGAUCAUUUUCUGGCAUUAUGCUUAAAAUGCAUUUGGAGUAUUUGUAAUGGUAUUUCUGUAUGUGCUCGAAUAGUGUUUAUAUUAUAGUAAUUAAAUUACUACUACGUAAUUGUUGGA